AUGCAUGUGGGAUUCGCUGGUGCUGAAGCGGACGGCCGCUGUGUUGCCUGCCGGCGGCGGCGAUUCUCCGGCCAAAAUCUGUCAGUGCAAUCCGGCGGUGGCGGGGACGUUCGACAAGUAGGGAUGAAGGCGGCUGUGGCGGGGAUGCUUUUACCGUCGGCGGCAGUGACGGGGACGGCGGCGGGGCGGGGGCGGCUCCGGCAGGGAGGAUGUGAAGUUGUGCCUGUAGACCUGACCAAGAAGCCAUGGGACCAAAAGCUUCCUCUCCACAAUCGAUGGCACCCGGACAUACCGCCGGUGGCCGAGGUACGGACGGGUGAGCUUUUUCGGGUGGAGAUGGUCGAUUUUAGCGGCGGCGCUAUUACCAAAGAGUAUACUGCUCAUGACAUCAAAUUUGCAGACCCUUCUGUUGUGAGUUCCUCAAUUCUCGUGAAUUUUGCUUGCAAUUAUUGUAAUUGA